CAGUUCUGGACCAAUGGCAUUGUUUGGAUCUCGCUGUGGGGCAUGUUCAUGUACACCAUCACGUUGGCAGCUCUGCGGUAGACACGGCUCGCUCGCAACACUUCCGCCACUCUAAGCGACUGGUCCUCGAUUGACUUUUGGGGAACUGUUUGAAGUAGCCGUUUGAUCUCUUUUCUUAGAACCGCUUUGGGGGUGCUCAUCGUUCGGGCUUUCUUCCAUUAGUGUCUUUCUUGGGUGAAGCACCCCGUUAAUAUAAUGUCUCGUGCAGACGCGCAUUAAUCUCCUUUAGUGCCUAGAGUCAGGCUGCGCAACACGCCACAUUCCGGAUCAAUCCGUCUUCGCCACGUAUCCGGCACUUCCUAUCCCCCAGCCACACUCUGGCCCGGUUUCCACACAAGGCAAGUUUGAUGUCAAGGAAGGCGAAACACGCACCCUCGACACUUUACUCAGUACUCCUACUAUGUUGCUAACCCAAUGGCAGUACGUCGAAUUGAAUGCCUCUGGACGGCCUGCCCUCUUUCCCGAGGAGGUUGAGAUCUCUGUGAGCGAUGAAGUGGGCCUCUACCAAGGCAAGGCCAAGGUGCUCAACCGCCAACGGGGCCGCGUGUAUCUCACCACGCAACGAGUCAUCUACAUCGAUAAGACAGACCCCAAAGCUUACUCUGUUGCUGUGAAGCUCAGCGACGUAGAGAGCUUGGAGUUGUACCCGGGUUUCAUGCGCUCUUCCCCCAAGCUCACCGUAUACUUCCGGCCCCCAACCGACCCUGUUUCACUGCCCCCACCCGUUCCCGAGCUCUCAUGGGGGUGUCCUAUCUGCUAUUUUCUGAACAAAUGGCCCGCUGACUUGAAGCUUCCAUCGGAUGAAGAAGGGGCGAUUCUCCCCCCGUGUCAGACCUGUGGGGUCAGGCCCAGCGCCAAGCACAUUCUUCGAUUGGUUAGGGAACAACAGGAGGUAAUAGCUGGUACUAGUCUCAGUACUGAAAGUACCGCCUCGGCCAACACCUGUCCGCAAUGCACGUUUAUCAAUCAUCCAUCUUUGGUCAAGUGCGAGCUCUGUGAUGCCCCCAUGCAGCCAAAGUCCUCCGGUGGAAAGCAGGACGGUAAACAGAGGGCCGGCCCAAGCAUCAACUACAGAGACGUUAAAAUCCAGACUGAAACAGACGACGGUCUUCUCGCCAAAGACGCCCGCAUGCAUAUCAAGAUCAGUUUCCGAAACGGUGGCGAGAAAGCGUUCUACGAACGAUUCCAAAGCGAAGUAGAGAGGGUAAAGUGGGAUACGCUCAUGGAACUGGGAAAGGUCAACGCCAAUGCGGUGAAGCUUCAGAACAACCCGUCCGCGACACCACCGCCGCUGGUGCCGAUGAACCUUAAUAUGGGUAUCUCCAGCUUGGAGCAGAUCGGGGAAAUGAAGCGCAAGAAGACUGGAUUCGUGCUUUCAGGCGCGCUAGAGGAUAUAGACCAGUUAAUGUUGAAGGCUAAGGAACUCUUGGUCUUGUCUGAUGAGUUCGCGCAUACUGUGGCCAAAUCCCUGAUGGGUUCCAACCAGAUGAACCUGUUGCAGAACUCGAGUCUCUUAUUGGGGGCCAAUAUCACUACAGGGUUUUCCCGCAAGGAUCUCCUAUCUUCUCAGCUCUACUACGAGGAAUUGACGCGACAAAUUUCCGACUACCUCUCGUUCGUCUUGCCCUUCGAAGGUGGGAUAAUGAGCUUGGUGGAUUUGUUUGCGCUCUACAACCGUACGCGCGGGAUUAACCUCAUUUCGGCUGCGGAUUUAAACAAGUGCUGCUGUGAGUUAUUUGCAGAGUUAAACCUCCCGUACAAGUUGAAAGAGUACAAGUCGGGAACAAAGGUGGUAAUGCUCAAAUCUGACCAGGAAGGGAAAAUCGCUAGCCGCAUCGCCAGGUUUUUGAAAAAGAGCGAAAGUGAGCAUUUCGAGGAGUUGAAGGAAAGGUUGGUUGUGUCGAACAAUCAGCUACUCACCUCCGAGCUCAACAAUGAGCUUGAGGCGAUGCUCUCCAACAAAGAAGAGUUCAUGUUUAAAGGAAUGAGCACCUUGGACAUUUCCAAACACUUCAAGUGGAGUUACGGGGUGACCGAUGAAGAAACUGAGCUUGCCCUUGCUCAGGGGGUGAUUGUCAUGGAUCAGCAAAUUUCCGGGACGUAUUAUUUCGUUAACAAAUUUGACGCUAGCUAUGAUUGGGAGACCGAGGAGACCGAGUUCGACAUGGCCACAUGGAAGUUCGAGGAUUACACCACUCAACAGGUUGCCCUGAUCCCACCUCCAGUGGAAACGCCUCUCGCCGCUAGCACCGAAGAGAGCUACGCCGCAACUCCUGUACCCGUGGUAAGAACUCCGAAUCUUAGCGGGGCCCUCUUACAGCUAGAAGGGUUGAUGUUUGAUUAAGACGAGAAAUCCACCAAACACCUGCAUUGUGCAAAUCUGUAAUAAUGAAUCGUGUACUGCAAUAUAAGAACAAAGUAGUGUUGAUAUUCAUUUUAAUAGUUAUAUAACAUCUAUCGAUUUAUAUGUAUAAUUUCAAAAUUCACUGCCAACAAUACACGUCAA